AUAUUUUGUACCGUUUGUGGGGAAAAUGAUUUCGAACAACGUGAAGGAUUCUACUAUUGUCGGGAGUGUGGUACCAAACAGGAACAAGUGCGACAAGUCGAAGUGGAAAAUGAGGAUGAUAAUUUCAAUGAGACGACAACAACAAAACACACCAAAACAUUGAAAAUAAAUGUGGUGAAGGCGGAGAAACCUCAACUAACAUCCUGGGAAUGUUAUAAUUAUAUAUUACGCGGCUAUGUAGAAGAGCUACUUUCCUAUGGCGCCAAAGAGGAACUCAAACUUAUGGCCCUGCAGGUAUGGGCAGCAUAUUUAAGACGUAUGGAAGUGGCAUUCUUCAAUAAGAAGCAAGCUGAAUUGCCUCGCUUGGGUGUACGAUAUUUGGCUAAUGAUGCUGAGACAAUUUACAAUCACACAAAGCAGAAGCGUAAGAAACGAGGACGUAGUAGCACGAAAACGAAUGAUACAAGCAUCACCAGUGGCGGUGAAGAGAUGAGCCAAAGAAGUUGGAGACAAACAAAG